AUGAAAGAUAAUUUGAAGAAAUUGCCCAUUUGUUUGGGCACAUUGGAUUUAAAAUCAUAUGGAAUAAAAGAUCUUCUUCUUCGACCGAUUCCAUCUCUGCGGAUUAAAAUCAAACUUGAAUGUGUGCGAAGCAAGAAGGAGGGCACCAAAUAUCUUCUAAAUCUUGAUCGAAUUCAGUGGAUGGACAGUUUGAGAUUUCCAAAUAAAAAUAAAAUUACCAUUAAAUUUGACAAGUCAACUUGCUCAAAGAAUUCUAUCCAUGCAUUCAACGUCGAUGUUGAUAUUGGAAGCCUUCUUGAUCAAUGGAUUACAGCAAAGAUUCCAGAGGAAGUUGAUCAGAAAGGCGAUGCCCUGCAUAAACUUGCGGAAGUUUACCUCGGAUACAUUCAGAAGUUCGAUGAGCCACCGGGUUUCGACGAUGAGGCUCUUUUCGUUUUAUCACAAAUCGUGGAAAGAUCGAAGGAGUUAAUCCGUCUCAUGAAUAAAAAUAUGACCAAAGUGGUUAAUGAACUUGAAUUUCACGAUUCCUAUACAAUUUCAGCACCGAAGAAAGAGAACAGAAAGAACAAACAUCCGAAUUCAUAUAGCGACGAAGUGAUUUUUGCUAGCCCUUAAGAAAGUUCUAAGACAUCUACAAACAAUGGAAAAUUCUCUUUCCUGAAAUUUUGGAGUAAUUCAAAUGAGGCACAAAACUGGGAGAGCAAGAAAGAAGCAGAACGUAGCUUUACAAGAGAAGAGACAAUAGGCACCACUGGCGAAAGUUCAUUUUGGGAUUUGUUUAAACGGGGUACACUUAAAAAUCCCGCCCAAGAUGAUGUCUAG